GUGAUAUUUCACGAACAAGUUCAGACGACGGUGUGUAGUCCUACCGUAAAGUUGUAGUUUAGAUUCAGUAUAUGUUGUACAACAGUUUCUUGUUGUAGACUGUCAGGGAUAUAAAUCGGUACAGGUGGGUGGAAAAGACUUGGAAGGAGAAGCUCUGCACUAAUCUGGAUAGAAAAGAGGGUGGCGAUAAAACCUGGCUGUUCGGUAAAAGCGGAAGAGUGAGAGAACCUGAAACUUGAAGUUUUAGUAACAAUGGCUCAAGAGCAACAAGAAGUAGUGGAGCUGUUUGUAAGGGCUGGAUGUGAUGGAGUAUGCAUUGGGAACUGCCCGUUUUCGCAGAGACUUUUCAUGGUCCUUUGGUUGAAAGGGCCCACCUUCAAUGUUACCACUAUUGACUUGAAAAAGAAGCCUUUAAUUUUGAAUGACUUGGCACCAGGAACUCUACCCCCAUUCCUUUUGUUUGGGACAGAGGUGAAAACUGACACAAAUAAAAUCGAGGAGUUCCUGGAGGAGUACUUUUGCCCUCCCAGGUAUCCAAAACUUGCUGCCAGAAAUCCAGAGUCUAACAGUGCAGGACUGGAUGUCUUUGCCAAGUUCUCUGCCUAUAUCAAGAAUCCAAACCUUAGCAUGAAUGCAACUCUAGAAAAAGGACUGCUUAAAGCACUGAAAGCAUUAAACGACUACUUCAUGACACCCCUUCCAUAUGAAAUUGAUGAAAACUGUGCAGAGGAGGUCACAGAGUCAAACAGGAGGUUUUUGGAUGGAGAUGAACUGACUCUGGCUGACUGCAACCUUCUCCCAAAACUCCACAUUGUAAAGGUUGCUUCCAAAAAGUACAGAAACUUUGAAAUUCCACGAGAAUUCACUGGAGUAUGGAGGUACCUGACCAAUGCAUAUGCACGAGAAGAGUUUUCUAACACCUGUCCUGCCGAUUAUGAGAUUGAAUAUGCAUAUGCUUCAGUGGCAAAGCACCUGAAAUAAAUGAAGCCAGAAUGGGUGGGGAGUGGGGAAGCUGAACUUAGAGUUGGUCCUGAGUAGGGGAAACAAAGAAAAGGAUGUUCAUGUGCUGUCUGGACAGAAACUCCUAAUACCAUGCUGUAGCUCCUGCUUAUCUGAUUGGUUGGUAGCAGCAUUUGCUAUUUUAGACUACUGUAUGCAUAUUUGCAAGUGUGCAUUGAUCCUUACUUGGUUCUGAAGUUUAGUGAAGGGUCACAUUUAUUGCUUUAUUACCAUUCAACACAUUCUUGUACAGUGCAGCUUGCCUGUUGAAAAUAAAGGUCAUGUCUUUCUUCAGUAUUGUGAUGUCUGUAGAAUAAUGCAGAUGCCCAAGGAAGUAUACUAAUGGUCACAGAAAUGUAAGCUAUUUCUGUAACUUUGUGCUUUUGAGAAGGAUUUGCAGAACUGAACAAGGUAAGGUAAACAUCCAUUUAUUUCCUCCUCCCUAGUAUUUUAACCUGUCUAUUGAUUGGCCUCCUAAUAGCAGUGCUGCCAAGGAAAUGAUCACGGCCCUGAUAAGAGCAGCACUGCCAAGAAAGUGAUCAUGGUCUUGGUUAGUCUUAAAAACAUGCAGGCUGCUUUUCUACUCGUGGAAGAAUGUGAACGUGAACAGCUUGAACAUGAACAGCUGAUAGCCACCUGACAGUGUUUGGUAUGUUGCUGUCCUACCACUGUAUAGUACUAUGCAUUGUAAAGCCUACUGGCAGUGACAGUUUACCUGCCUGGGCAUUUUGCAGUUUGUUUUUGUACAUCGUUGCUGUACAAAAGUGAUUUAAUGUUUAGGGUCCUGUCUUUUUGAGGAUGUACUUAAUCAACAUGUUACCCUUUCUUUUGAACCCUUUAGUAUGUGAUAUGAAGGGUUUACCUUUGAAAUGGAAAAUAAUGUCAAACGGCCCGUUGGGUGAACCGAAAUGCCGAAUUCUGGGUAUCCAACAUCACCGAAGUUCAAAACUCAGCAAAUCGAACAGCAGAUUUGCUGAGUCUUGAACUCCAAUGUCGAACACACAAUGUAAUGCAGGGGGCAAGCCCCCCUACACCCCUACUUUAAUAUUCUUACUCCGAGAUCGCACUACAGUGGGGAAAGGGUCAAUUUCCCAAUCCCCACUAUAGUGCAAUUCACACCCAAAAUAAAUCUGCAAUGAGCGAAUGUCACUGUGCAAUUCGCUCAUUGCACAUUCGAUGCAUUUUUUUUCGACUAUGCAAAAACUGGCAAACGUCCUUUCUGUCCUUUUGCUUUCACACAUGUGCAUUACGCACAUGUAAAGGUAAACUGAUGUGAAGAUCCCAGGCAUAUUUUGUCAGUAAGCAAAUAUAGUCCAGCUAUAUUUUUAUGUAAAAGUAUAGAAUACAGUCCAUUUGUGCUUGAUAUCUGUGUUAAAAAUAAAAGACUGGGAAAAUGCAUUUUGGAGGGAUGCCAUCAUCAAAAUCUCAUGCUGAUAACUUCAGUGAACAUGCUGCAGCGAUGAAUAGGAUAGUAGUGCUGGUUGUAUCUUUUAACCUUUUCUCUCUCAUUUUGCGAGUUUUGCUAUCUGUGUUUAACCUCUGGUAUAGUUUUUCUCUGAUUAGUUUGCCACUUUCUGCUGUUGUCUAGCUGUGUAUAUCAUUGACUGACUGUAUUUUUUUAUGUAAUUUGGAGGUGAUGGCUGAGUUUGUGAAUUCUAAUUUCGAUAUGGCAAGAGUUUGUAAAGCAGAAAUGAAGAGAAAAAAAAUGUAGAUUAAAAGUGGUGGAAAGGCAUUGUAACAUGAGUAUUUUUCUCCUCCCAAUUAACUGGCAGAAACUUUGUAACCAUUUAGGUUUUGUAAAAUGUAGUGUGAACAGAGUCCAGUAGUUAUUAGUUUCUGAAUGUCUGUGGCUUGCAUUAACUUAUAAAAUCAUGCUCGUUAGAGGUGUUCAGUCUUAUCCUUCAAAGCGGGGGGAUAAGUGCCAAAUUUUGAGUAAGAAAAGAUUGCUUCCAAUGUUAAUCUUUGCAUAAUAUGCCAGUAUAGAUAUGAUGGUAGAUGAUGCUUCUUGUGAGGUAAGGGAAAGGGAAGGGGGGAGAGAGAUUUUUGGUAGGUGCUGCAUUGCUAAUCAUGUUUUCAGAUGAAAUACUCUACUGAAAGUACUUCAGUUUUCUGCCAUGUAAUUGCCAACGCCAUCUGCAUUGCUUACCUGAAUUACUUUUGUCAUACCUUGGUAGACAUACCCGUACAUCGUUGCACUGGGCUGCUUGUAACUGCAGAAGUAGGGGCAUUAAUAUCAUGCACUUAACAGUGGAAGGUAAAUUUAAGGUAAAAAUUUAGAUACUGAAUGUGGUUGUCGUUCCAGAGAUCAUAGAAGCUUUUUUAAAAUGAAUAACUAAUGCUAACUGUAUGAGCAGUAAUGUGUAUUAAAAUUGCUUCUUUUUAAGAUAUGCAGCUGCUUCGUAUACAUAUUUUUGCCCAUUACCAAUUUUUAAGAAUUGACUGGAAAAAAAUAAAAGCAGUUUGUAGUGACGUGAA